AUGUCAUCUGAAGAAGAACAUCAAAUCCGUGUGAUCGUAUUGAAUGAAAAUGCUUCGCAAACAGCCGGUUUGAAUUGUUUAAAAAAAUCGUGGCACGUUAAAUUUGUGUUAGCACCGAGUUUAGUUGGUAAAACUGUUCGCUUAUUUACUGAUUGUCCGUUACAAAAAGGAUCCCCAUUUAAACGUCAUGAAUAUUCUGAAUUAAAAUGGGUGACUCCUUCAAAAUUUAAAUAUGAUAAUUCCGAUCGAUAUGUUACAUUCGAAUGUUUAUUACCUGGAACAUUUCAUUAUUAUUAUACAACUAAUAAUAGCAAUGAAUUUCUUAAUACGGGUGCAAACACCGGAUACCUGUUAGUCGAGCCUCAAUUAAAAUUUGAUGAUGGUGAAGAGUUACCAAUCGAUUGUAUACAAUGUCUAACACAAUUAUCAAAAUCAUUGGGUAAUUUUGAAGAUUGGGAGGGACGAUUAGAAAUUAGUAAACAUACUGGUUAUAAUAUGAUUCAUUUUACACCAAUUCAAAAGCUAUACCACGUAUCAAACUCAUCCUACUCUAUUACGGAUCAUCAUAAACUGAAUCCUCUCUUCGGUGAAGGAGUUACAUUUGAUCAUAUCAAACAGUUAGUAGAUAAAAUGUCAAAAGAAUGGAAAAUAUUAUCAAUUACUGAUUUGGUCUAUAAUCAUGCGGCAAAUGAUUGUGAAAUACUGAAAAAUCAUCCAGACUCUGCUUAUAAUCUUAUUAAUUCUCCACAUUUAAAACCUGCCUUUCUUCUUGAUUCCAUAUUGAUGCAAUUUACAAAAGAUGCUGAACAAGGUUUGCUGGAAAAAGAAUAUGGGAUACCAGCUAAAAUUGAGGAACAUCAUUUGGAUGUUAUUCAACAUUAUUUAGCCGAGAUUGUUAUACCCAAAUACCGACUACACGAAUUUUAUAUGUGUGAUGUUAAACAAAUACUUAAAGAGUUUCGUGCACAGAUCAAAAAUUUAUCACGGGAUGAAUCAUCAAAUAUUGAUGAGUCAGGAUUAAAACUGAUACACAAUAAUUAUAGACGGUUGGAGUCAACAGUGGAUAUGGAAUUAGCUAUUAAAUUGUAUUAUCAUCAAUCAAUUGAAGAUGCUUGUCAAGCACUAGAAGACCGUCUCAUCUAUUUGAAUCAUUUAAAAAUGGAUGAAAUUGAAAACGAUUUAAAACGAGCCAUAAGCUGUUGUAUUGAUUCGAGUCGUUAUCAUUUUUUUGAAUCACAUGGUCCACGCUAUCCACAAAUAUCAAUAAGAACACCGUUUGUCGGUAAUAAUUUUGCUUAUCCAAAUGAUGAAUUUCGACAUCCCGAUGAUAUUGAGAAAAUUCUUGAUACUAAUAAUGAAGACUAUUUAAAAUACUGUAUGGCACACAAUGGUUGGGUAAUGAAUACUAAUCCAUUGAAAAAUUUCGCUGAAGAUGUUUUAGGACCCAAUGUUUAUUUGAGGCGAGAAUUAAUACAAUGGAGUGAUAUAGUUAAGUUGAGAUUUGGUGAUAAAUAUGAAGAUUCACCUGCUUUAUGGGAUUAUAUGAAAGAAUAUACUCGACUGAUAGCAACAACCUUUCAUGGUGCACGAUUAGAUAAUUGUCAUUCAACACCAAUUCAUGUUGCACAGUAUUUUAUGGAUUAUGCACGUAAAAUAAAUCCAAAUUUUUAUGUUGUUGGUGAAUUAUUUACGGGUGAUGAAAAUAUUGAUACUAUAUUUGUUAACCAAUUGGGAAUCAAUUCACUUGUUCGAGAAUCGUUGAAUGCAUGGGAUGGUUUUGAAUUUGGUCGUUUAAUAUCUCGUUAUGGUGGUGAUGUGCUUGGUACAUUUUCUCAAUCAUCAAGCCGUUUUCUUAGACCCACAGUACCUCACGCCUUUUUCUACGAUCAAACACAUGAUAAUCCCUGUCCCAUUGAACGUCGUUCUCUAGAAGAUGUAUUACCAAGAAGUGCACUCGUUACCAUGACUUGCUGUGCUAUUGGCUCUAAUCGAGGUUAUGACGAAUUAGUUCCACAUCAUAUCGAUGUUGUACAUGAGAGACGUUUUUAUUCAAAAUGGAAGGAACCAACUGGUCUAAUUGAAGCCAGAUUAAUUUUAAAUCGAUUACAUACAUAUUUGUGCAAAGAGAAUUAUUCUCAAAUAUUAGUAGAUCUACUAUCAUCAUCAGUAGUUGUUAUCACUAGACAUAAUCCUCAAACUCAUACAUCUAUUUUAUUAAUAGCUCAUACAGCAUUUAAACCACAAAACGAACAUGAACGAAUAAAAUCAUUAAAUAUUCAAGGACACAUUGAUGAAAUACUAUUUGAAAUGAAUAUAUCAACAAAACAUCAAGAUAUUGUUAAAAAUUUUCAACGUAAUUCAUCGUAUAUCAAUGGCCUAGAUAAUGUUGAUGUAACAAUUCGCGAACAUGUACCUGUUGAUCAAAGUUCAUAUAUUCAAAUACGCUUACCAGCAAAUGAUCAAAAACUCAAACAUAUAGAAUUUAAUCAAGAUAAAUUUGUGCCCGGUACAGUUAUUGCAUUUAAAAUCUCACUAUUACCAAAUAUCAAAGAAGCUAUUGUACAGUUAAAUAAUUGCCAACAAGAAUUUACAUCAUCUAAAUCUAAGUUUCAAUUAAUUGUCAAAUCAUUGUCUUUAAUUGAUUUGAAUCGUGUUUUAUAUCGUUGUUCACCAGAAGAAAUAGCCGAUGAAAAUGAUUUUGAUGUUUAUGGAAUACCUGAACAUGGGAAAUUAAAUUAUUGUGGAUUGCAAGGUUUAAUGUCGGAGUUAGAUAAAAUAAAAAUGAAAAAUGAUCUAAAACAUCCUCUAUGUCAAAAUGUAAAAGAAGGCAACUGGCUCAUUGAUUAUGUUGCUAAUCGUUUAUUAGCUGAUAAAUCAACAGAACAAUUAGGUCAAUGGUAUAAACACUAUUUUUCCUAUUUAAUUGAAAUUCCGCACUAUUUACAACCAUCUUAUUUUGAUUUGAUUAUACGUGGAUCCUAUACGUGUCUCGUCAAACAUGCUUAUGAAGUUAUGGGAACUGAAUUUAUCCUUCAAAGUUCACAGUUUGUUAAACAGUUGGCCAUGGGUUCAGUUCAACUAUGUGGACAUGUUAAAAAUGCUCGAUUACCUCUAUUAUCACCAAAUUUAAAUGAUCCUAAACCAGAUACAAUCGUUGAUGAGCAUACACACGUUAAAUAUUCACAAUCGUGUCCAACACUGGCUGCUGGUUUACCCAAUUUUAGUGCUGGAAUUUGGCGUAAUUGGGGUCGAGAUACAUUUAUUGCUAUGAGAGGUUUAAUGUUAAUAACAGGUCGCUAUAUACAAGCAAAAUAUUUGAUAUUAGGUUAUGGUGGAUGCUUACGUCACGCUCUGAUUCCAAAUUUACUAGGUGAUGUUGGAAUAGCGAGAUAUAAUGCUCGUGAUGCUGUUUGGUGGUGGUUACAUUCAAUUUCAGAAUAUACUCGUAUGGUUCCCAAUGGAACAGACAUUCUUCAAGAUCAGAUUGCUCGUCUUUAUCCAACUGAUGACAGUCCAAUGCAACUGGCAUCUGGUGCUUAUGAUCAACCACUAUACGAAGUGAUACAAGAAGUAUUGAUGAAACAUGUGAGCAAAUUAAAAUUUCGAGAACGAAAUGCCGGUUAUCAAAUUGAUCGAGUAAUGACUGAUAAUGGAUUUAAUAAUGAAAUUGGUAUAGAUUUGAAUACAGGAUUUGUUUAUGGUGGUAAUGUUAAUAAUUGCGGUACUUGGAUGGAUAAAAUGGGGUCUAGUGAAAAAGCUGGUAAUAUUGGUCAUCCUGGCUCGCCGCGUGACGGAUCUGCUGUUGAAUUAAUUGGUCUCUGUCGUUCGGUUCUCAAAUGGUUGUUAGAAAUGAAUAAACAAGGUGUUUAUCCUUACAAUUCUGUUGACAAAAUUAUUACAUUUCAUGAAUGGAUUGAAAAAAUUGAUUUAAAUUUUGAAAAAUAUUUUUGGAUUGGUGAAAAUGAUAAUUCAUCACCAUUUAUUAAUCGACAUUCAAUUUAUAAAGAUACGGUGAAUUCAACAUUAAAAUGGAGUGAUUAUCAAUUUCGGCCAAAUUUUUUAGUAGCAGCCGUUGUUGCGCCAGAAAUGUUUAAUUCUACUCAUAUUUGGCAAGCAUUGACUCAGGUUGAAUUAAUUCUCUUGGGCAAAUAUGGUAUCAAAACAUUGGAUCCUAGUGAUUUAAAUUACGUUGGUAUUUAUGAUAAUAAUGAUGAAGGAUAUGAUUUUAAACGUGCUCAUGGUUUUAAUUAUCAUAAUGGUCCCGAAUGGGUAUGGUUAAUGGGCUAUUACUUGAGAGCCAAAUUAUAUUGGGCAAAAGUACUUGAUAAGGAUCAAAAACAUCAGCAUAUAUUAUCGCAAACAAUUGAACAUAUUCAACAAAUAUUAACCAAUCAUCAACAAUUUAUAAAUGCUAAUGAUUGGAAAGGUUUAACAGAGCUAACAUCGGAAAACGGUGAAUUUUGUAAAAAUUCAUGUCCUGUACAAGCAUGGAGUAUGUCAACAUUAUUGGAGACAAUGUACGAUCUUAAAACACUGUAG